AUGUUACUUAUAUUGUUAAUCAUUUCCAUUAAUGCUAUCAUCACAAUUGCUGAGGAGAAUGACAGUUUCGAGACUAGAUAUAUAGAUCUACUCCCCGCUAAAGAGAAAAGGGAAUUCAUUGAGACGAUUGCCAGACGAAUACUAGAAGAGGUAAAGUCCAAAGAUGCAGCUAAAGGCAGCACAGAAGUAUCAGAAGACCAACUUAAUAAACAAAGUGCAUACGUCUCUAAACUUUUAAAAGAAGAAGCCGAGACUUUGCGCAGAAGAACGAAAGGAGAAAGCAGACGGGGCACAGACGAAGAAGAUGACAAAAAACGAGUACAAGAUAAGUCAAUAGACUUCACGUUACGUGAACUCGCUCAUAAUCCAGAACUUGAGGAAGUUACUACUUCAAGCUCGAAAGUAGAAGUUGCUAAGUAUUUGAAAAAUUCAACAGACAACAUAUCGGUCGAAGUACAAAUAGUACCCCAAAAGAAAAAGAAGAAGAAGACUCAUAAUAGUCGGAUAAUUAAGAUACCUAUAAAAGCAAAACACGGCGAUCCUGCGUCAACAAGGGAAAAUGAAACAAAGAUAAUUAUCGGGUCAGAAAACAAGCCUUUACCAAAAGAAGACCCUACAAACAAAACGGAUGAUGAACCUAAAGUGAAAUUACCACUACAUAUAACUAGAGAGGAUAUUUUUAAGAAUUCUCCUCAAAAACAAGAGGAUGACAUAAAAAAUACAAAAAAAGAGGAGAAUAAACAAAGUGAUCUAAACAGUGAAAAUGAAAACGAUAACUAUAGGAAUAAAAAACAGAAAUCUGAAGUGAAGGGUGAAAGCCUUAAAAGUGAAAAUAAAGUUAAAAACACAGAAAACGUCGAUGGAGGUAAGUCUGAUGAUAGUGCCAGAAGUGAUGUCCGCAAAGAAAACGAAAAUCGGUCAGUUCAGGACAAAAAUAAUACUCAGAUUGAUAGUUUUAACGAUAAAACUAAUCAAAAUGCAACAGCGGCUGAAGAUAUUUCAAAACCUAUUAAAAAUAGUAGAAGAAACGCUAACGACAAUGAUGAUAAAGAUCUAGAUGAACGGGACAAAUCUCUCUUAGAUCAUGGAGUGGAAUCAAUGACUAGUGACACUCGCAAACCUCCGGUAGGAAUUGAAGACGACCUAAAAACCUUUAGUAAUAAAAAUAAAAAACCUGCUAAAAAAGACGAAAAAAGUGUCGUUAAUAAAUUAAUAGCAAGAACUAAUGACAGACAAUUAGAAUCAAGUGAAAAAAUCGACCAUAAAAAAGAUGAGGCCAAAAAAAGUCUGGAAUCAACCGAAGGAAUCUAUGAUAAAAAUGACAAAAUCAAGCACAAGUCUGAAUCAAAUGAAGAAAACGACAAUGAAAAACGUGAGAAUAAACAAAAACUUGAAUCAAGUGAAAGAAAUUAUAAUAAAAAAGACAAGGUGCAAAAUCCUGAUUUUGACGAAGAAAAAGUUAAUGAAAAACAUGAAAACAAACAAAAGCUUGAAUCAAAUGAAAACAUUUAUGAUAAAAAAUACAAAGUCAAGCAAAAGUCUGUAUCAAAUGAAGAAAACGACAAUGAAAAACAGGAAAAUAAACAAAAAUCUGAAUCGAAUGAGAAAAUUGAUGAUAUAAAAUACAAGGUAAAGCAAAAGACUGACUUGGAUGAAGAAAAUGAUAAUAAACAUAAACUUGAAUCAAGUGAAAGAAAUGAAAAUAAAGAACGAAAUUAUGAUAAAAAAGACAAGGUCAACCAAAAGUUUGACUUUAAUGAAGAAAACAAUGAAAAACGUGAGACUAAAGAAAGACUUGUAUCGAGUGAAAGAAACGACACUGAAAAACAGAAAAAUAUACAAAAAUCUGAAUCCAAUGAAAAAAAUUAUGAUAAAAAAUACAAGGUCAAGCAAAAGUCUGACUUGGAGGAAAAAACCGACAAAUAUAAACAAAAGCUGGAAUUGGAGGAAAGAAACGACAAUGGAAAACAUGAAAAUAAACAAAAUCCUAAAUUAAAUGAGAAAUUGGACGACGACAGUGAAAGACAUGAGAAUACACAAAAAUCAAGUGAUAAAUCCGUUCAUCAGAAUGAGAAGCUUAAGCAAAAGUCUGACUCUAAUGAAAAUAAUGACAAUGAAAAACAUGAGAAUAAACAAAAACCUGAAUCUAGUGAAAGAACAGACGAUAGAAAACAAGACAAUAAACAAAAAUCUAUGUCAAGUGAAAAAAUCAAUGAUAAAAAACAUCAUAACAACCAAAAUUAUACGUCAAGUGAAAUUAUGAAUGAUAAAAAACAUAGAAGUAAAGAAAAAUCAGAAUCAAAUGAAAAAAAUGAUGACAAAGAAAACAAGACCAAGCAAAAACCACAUGCAAGUGACAGACUCGAGGGUGAAUCAAAAGCUGUCAGUAACAGUGAAAAGAAAUUAGAUUCAGAGCCCACAACACUUUCACUUCAAGACCACCCAGCGAACAGUACACAAGUAGCAACACCAGAAGACUUAACGAAUCCACUAUUACCGUCUGCAAUAACGACCCAAGAGAUUAAAAAGAAUCUUACUGAACAAAGUCAUGAUGAAAACACUAAAGAAAUAAAUACCGUAAAUAAAGAUGAUACGAUAAAUACAGAUAAAGUUAACAAAGAUACUCCAAAGGUUAAUCCGACGACUGAAACAACUCUGUUAGGAGCAAAUAAGGCAAGAUACACUUCCGAAGAAGAUAAUUCGACUAAGAUGGGAGAUGUAAUUGCCGAAAAAAUAGAGAGUGAUACGGGGUACGAUUCUAAAGAAAUAAAACGGACUACUGCAGGUGAUAACACUGAAACAACAACAGAAGAAAUAGUCAAAGCAAGAACGAUUCACGUCACAUGGUACCCCGGCCACACCACUGUAGAUUACGAUAAAAAACCAGUUACGAAAAAGGGUAAAAGGAAGUCGACGAUUGAAAUGAUAAGAGCGAAAACUAGAUAUGUGCAUUGGCCAACAGAUCCCACAACGAAGAAAAAGAAAUCCGCAGGCUUACUUAACAAAUCAAAGGCGAAACGUUUACCAAAAGGGAAAACUGAAAGAAUUAAGAACAGAUCUACUGUAACUAUGCGUUCAACUGCAAAAUCCACAACAAUGGUAGCUUCAGACAAAGAAGAAAUGGCAAAAGCACCAGUCAUAAUAAAAAAUAAUCAAGUGUACAUCGUAAACGACGGAGCGGCUUUCAAAGAAAAACUAACUAAGCGUAUUGAACUGAACAAAGCCAAGCGAAUCGAUAUAUAUUCUAGAAAAACUAAAAAUAGGACUACAAAGUCUAAGAAAAAUAAGACAAAGGAUACGGAUUUAUUGUCUUUUCAAAUUAAACCUUUUGGUAUCAACAUCGCGAAAGAGUGGUCAGUCUUUGAAGUUUUGCCUGGAGAAGACCCGUUCGUUAAGAUGUCUGGUAAACCUAAAAAAAAGAGCAAGAAAUCACCCUUGUUUGACAGAAAUAAUGUACAAAGAACGAAUGGUAAAGUCGACCAAAAGAACGACCCAAAUAAUGAUGACGUUGGUACACAAAUGGAACAACCAAGUUACGCGCCAGUUUACAACUAUGCACCAGAAAAUGCCUAUUACAAUCCAGCUAACAGAUAUGCUCCUCCAUUUGAUGAUUAUAGCCAAAUCGUACGCAACGACGACGAAGAUGACGACACAAAAAUAGAAAGACAAAUAAAAGAAGGACGCGAAAAGGGCUUUCUUGAAUCAGAUGAAACUAUAGAGAAUCAUUACGCUCCCGUCUACAACUACGCGCCAGAGAACGCAUUUUACAAUCCUGAAAAUAAAUACGUCGUGCCUGACGAAGAAAAUGAGCAAAUUUUCCUCGGAGACACCGAAGUUGAUGACAAACAUGCAGAAAGACAGAGAAUCGAUGACGAGAAGAUCGUAAAAGCCCUUCUGGAAGCAAAAGAUGACGAGCCAGAAAGGGAGUUUCUGUUCCGGGACGAAAACCCGUAUAUGAGGAAAGGUAAAAACAAAAAGAAAAAGAAAAACACAAUACACAUACCAGGGUCAAAAGAACACAGUCACCCAUACCACGCUAUGUUGCACGAUAAUCCUCCAAAAACACACUUAGAUCACGUAAGAGAAAUGCUGCAUAGGUUUAAUUACUUUGGUUAUUACCAUUUAGUUAAAACCACGACAGGCGUCCCAACAGAAAUGACCUCGCGGUUCCCAAUUAAUGCUCCAUUUACAGAUAAAAGCGGCGAUCCUUAUUAUAAUUUUAAUGUUAAUAUUCAAACUACAGAUAUACCGGAUAUACCAACGAUUCCCGAGCCAGAAGCUCGAAUAAGAGUUUAUAAUAAACAUCUAAGAAACAGAAGUCCUAAAGAAGAUUUAACUGCAGCUUUAAAGUCCCUCUUGAGUCCACGUUUCGACAAGGACAACAAAAAACUGACCAGAACUCUCAUAACUGUUUUCGAUAAGAUAAAAGAAAAUAGAAAACAGAAGAGGAAAUCUAAAAAUUUGUACAAAGACAUAGUAAAGAAGAUCAUAGGUUUAGAGUACGUGAACAGUCCCAUAGAAGAUCUAUAUUUGAAUAAAAAGUUAAUAAACGCUGGCCCAAGAGGACAUUACGAUGAUUUCGAUAAAAAGUUAUACUAUAUAGGCCGAACUGGUGAAGAUAAACCUGAAGUAAACGUGACAGAGUCCAAAUUUAAUGAAACUGAAAGCAAAGCGGAAAUGAUAAAUACUAUGCGAGAAAUUUUAGACAUUACUGACGCUACGUACAUUUUUCCAGCUUUGAACCAACUGGAGAAAAAGUACGAGAAGAAAAAUGAUAAGAAUGUAAAUGAAGACAAGCCUGUGGUUCGGAGUUUGAAGUCUGGAGUUGAGAAGGCUCAUGUAGAAUUGGAAACUCAAGUGUCAGUGUUAACUGACAUGUUGAAUGCAGAUAACAGAGCUUUGGAAAACUAUGACUGGUUAGGGACGACUGUUGACAUCAGAGGCGCCCUGAGAAAGCUUGUCGAAAUGGGACAAAGCGUUAAAAACGACGGCUAUAUCCACCCAAGAGACUUACAACUUCUAAAGUACGUGCUUUUCCUAUUCGAAUCGGUGAAGGACUCCAUAAGAACUGAAGAGGAAUUCUUCAGAUCCGCGGACGCCAAAGGACUGAGACCAAAAGGCCGAAGGAACCAGGGAAGGAUUUCGGAAAGACCUUGGUUAUCCAGGAGUGGAAUGAAGCAAAAACUGGAUGCCUUCGUUACUUUCUGGGAGGGUAUAGACUAUGCCUUGAGUGAUUUACACGACGCGAUAAAACACAUAUCGAUAAUAACAAAAUACAGAAGCCAGCAUUGGUAUAAGAACUUAAAAGAACUUUACUUAUCUCGUCCUAAAAGAAAACAGGUCUUGGAAGUGUUACUACACCUGGCAGCGACCAGGUUUGUAGGCCUGGUUGAAGACAGUGCACUGAAUGGAGCCGAAAACAACUAUGUGAAAUAUUCUAUGAAGCAUGUUACUCAGGUGGACAGAACGAGAGAUGAAUUGGUAUUCAUUGUAGCUCUUCUCAAUGAGCUACUAAAAGAAUAUUGA